UUAUUGUCAACAUGUCCGUGACCGGCGACUUCGGGAACCCUUUAAGGAAAUUCAAGCUCGUCUUUUUAGGAGAGCAGAGCGUGGGAAAGACAUCGCUGAUCACUCGCUUCAUGUACGACAGCUUUGACAGCACGUACCAGAUCACCUGAGGACAUCAUAGCAGUUAAAGCCGUGUGCUUGGCAACGCACUGUGAACACCCCGCCAAGAAGGAACACAAAGCCAUCUGCCUCGCCGGAGACAAACACACCCUUGCAGAAUGAUACAAAACAAAUAAUAAACUGAAACUACGACAAGUUAGUGUUUGAAGGAGCCCUGGAAAUGGCCAACAUGAGCUAAAAAUGGCCGCUUCAAACAAGAAUGGAUGACUUCCUGUGUCUUUUCGGGCCUGGCUUCUUCAGACCUUUUUGUGGAUGUACUCAUGAUAGACAUGUCUACCAAAUUUCAUGUUGCAAGGUGAAACUGGCUUCAGGGAAUUCGUUUUCAAAGACUUCUGGACAACAGGACAAGCCGGUCCAGUUCUUCUUUACUAAAUGACAUUGCUAACUAGUGGCCUGGCAUGCACAUUACAACAUUUCAUUUUGGGGUUUUGUAGUUCUCCAUCCAUGUUGACACAGAACACUUCAUUCUAUCAUUUCAGAAUCAUCUUUAUUUGCCAAGUAUGUCCAAAAAACACACAAGGAAUUUGUCUCCGGUAGUUGGAGCCGCUCAAGUACGACAACAGACAGUCAAUUGGCAGAGAACGCUUUGGAGACAUAAAGACAACGAGAAAAACAGUUAGAGCAGUUUGAAUGACUAAUGUAGCAAUAGUCCGGUGCAAAGGGCGCCGAGACUUCAAGGAGUGUAUGCAGUUUUAAAGUGACCUGUAGCGCGAUAAUCUGGGACAAUGUCGAUAGUGCAAAUGUUGCAGAUACUCCUCAGUCAGUGUUCAAGUGGGACAGAUGCUACUCUGGCAUGAGUGGCCAGUAUUAGUCAACAACAGAUAUGCAAAUAGUGCAGCGUGGCGAGACUACUACAGUGAGUGCAUGAGUACUGUAUAAUUGGCCCGACAGAAAUGUGACAACAAACUCAAAAGACAAAAAAAAUGGCAGCAUGUUGCAAUGGAAUUGUAGGUUAGCUGUUUAAGAAGUUGAUUGCAAGAGGGAAGAAACUGUUGGAAUGUCUGCUAGUUCUAGUUUGCAUUGAUCGGUAGCGCCUACUUGAGGGAAGGAGCCGGAAGAGCCGGUGACCGGGAUUGACCGGGAUGUGGAGGGUCCAAGAGGAUUUUGCACGCUCUUGUCUUAGUUUUGGCAGCGUGCAAGUCCUCAAGGGCGGGUAGGGGGGUACCGACAAUCCUUUCAGUACUUUUGAUUGUCCGUUGCAGCCGGAGUUUGUCCUUUUUUGUAGCAGCACCAAACCAGACUGUGAUGGAAGAACACAGGACUGAUUCGAUGACCGCUGUGUAGAACUGCCUCAGCAGCUCCCGUGGCAGGCCGUGCGUCCUCAGAAGCCGCAGGAAGUACAUCCUCUGCUGGGCCUUUUUAAGGACGGGAUUGAUGUUGAUCGCCCCCUUCAGGCCCUGAGAGACUGUAAUUCCCAGGAACUUGAAGGUCUCGACGGUUGACACAAGGCAGCUGGAGAACGUGCGGGGCAGCUGUGGCGAAGGAUUUCUUUGGAAACGCUGUAUUUCUCAUCCUUUUUUCUGCCUGUCAACUAAGGUUGCAAAGGGUUGGAAAAUUUCCAGAAAGGUUUCCAGUAAAUGGACAUGAACAAUAAUACAAUUUAAAAGCAUGACAUUUUAUCAGUGAAACCUUAUCAAGUUUACAAAUUUUGGUUGAGCAAUUAAUAUUUGUAUUUACUUGUCCCCACGACCCAAGUCAUUCAAAAAUUAACAAUUCCCAUACAUUCAAGUGAAUUCCCAUGGCAACAAUCGGAAUUGACUUCCUGUCGAAAACCAUGUACCUGGAGGACCGAACGGUGCGGUUGCAGCUGUGGGACACUGCGGGACAAGAGCGCUUCAGGAGCCUCAUCCCGAGCUACAUACGAGACUCCACGGUGGCCGUGGUCGUCUACGACAUUACAAACGUGAAUUCCUUCCAGCAGACGUCCAAAUGGAUUGACGACGUGCGGACGGAGAGAGGAAGUGACGUCAUCAUCAUGCUGGUGGGCAACAAAACAGACCUGGCAGACAAGAGGCAAAUUAGCAUCGAGGAAGGCGAGCAGCGGGCUAAAGAGCUCGGCGUCAUGUUCAUCGAGACCAGCGCCAAGACGGGCCACAACGUCAAACAGCUGUUCCGCCGCGUGGCCUCCUCUCUUCCCGGCAUCGAGAGCGUGCAGGAGACUGCUGGCAAACAAGGCAGUAUCCUUGUUUGUUUGUUUGUUUUCCUCAAAUAUGUGCAUCAAGACAUGUUGAAAUGGCAUAACUCCAGCGGCGGGAGGCUGACUGCUGCCAUGUUUCGCCGCCUUCAUGCCAAGCGGGACAAUUCUCUCCAUGUUUGGAGCCCCUAACUUUAAGACAAACAUCCACGCUUAUGGGCUGUCCAUGCAUGCUUCUCUAUAUGUCAGGUAACAUCGCACACACACACAAAUGUUGGACUUUGCAUAGUUUCUAUACGUGACUGAUGUGUAUCACUUUGUGCUUUGUGUACACGCAACAUUCGGGCAUUGUCACGAAUGCAUUCUGGGAUGUGUGUAAAUAUGUAUGUUGAUGUGAAGGCCAAGAUGCACCUGGUAAAGUGUUUGGACCACACCGGAAACGUCUACAGUGGAACCUCUAGAGUCCAAUUAGGAAUGUGACCCAAAUACACCUCGAAAGUCGGACAACAAACACAUUUGGAAUUAUGACCUUGUAAUAGACUUCAACAGACCUCAGCUGAGCGAGCAGCAAAGGAUUAACUUGUGCUUUUGUCUGUUCUUUGCCAUUUUUGUGACACUCGUAAAACAAUUAGCAGCCAUUGUCACCAAUCUUUGGACUAGACAUUUGCCCAGACUUUAGUUCAGAUCUUUUUUUUUUUUUUUUUUUCGCAGAUCUUGAUCCAUAUUUUUGUACAGAUCCCGAUCCAGACUAUUGUCAAAACCGUAGGUCAGACGUAUGUCUAGACAUUAUCUCAGAUCUUGGUCAUUGUUUCAGAUCUUGGUCAAGACAUUGUUUAAAAUUUCAGUCCAGAUUUUUACCCAGAUCUUGAUCCAGACCUUUUCUACACCUUGGUUGAAAUUGUGGUCCAGAUCUUGGUCUAGACAUUAUGUCAAGGCAUUGCUCCAGACCUUGGCCCAGACCUUAUUCAAGAGUUUGGUCCAGACCUUGGUCCAGAUUUUUGUCUGAACAUUUCUCCAGAUGUUGCUCCAUGUUAUUGUCCAGACUUUGGUAGAGACUUUGAGGAAUAUCUAGGUCCGGACUUUUGCCCAGGUCUUGAUCCAGACCUUGGCCCAGAUCUUGGUAUUGCGCCACAUUUUGGUCCAGACAUUUGUUCAGACUUGGAUGCAGAUCUUAUUCAGACCUUGGUCCAGAUUCUGGUAUCUUAGAGGUUCCGCUGUAUUUGUUGUUUUUUUUUGUUGUUUUUCUUCCUUUUAGAGGUUCCUUUUAGAGGAUAUUUGUUUUGGUUUUUUUGGGGGGGGGGGGCAAAAUGUUUUAAAAUGGAAUUUUUUUUAAUUUUAAAAAGUUUUUAUCAGGUUGAGACUUGAAAGUCAGGGAAGACACCUUGACAGUGAACCCUAACACACUUUGCUGCUUAUCAUUUCAUCGUCAUUAUUUUACAACAGGAAUGUAGGACACAACACACAGCCUUACUGUGGGAUGAGCACUUUUUUUCUUUUUCUUUUUUUUAAAUUGAAAGAGGAUUUUACAGAUGGUUCUUUGUAUUUAUUGCUGGUGAAUAGGAACCCUGGUGUCCAUAUGUCAACAUUGGUGAGCAUUGUAGUGAUGCUUGUGCAUUGAGGGGGCGGGACCACAGCUCUCCUCUCACUAACUGUACAGAGCAUGUCUCUAUUAAACAUGUCUUAUUGCCAAACACCA